ACAUCAACCAGGCCCGUCAAGACUAUGGCCAAAGCUAAGGCAGCCCCUUCGGCUUCCAGUGGUGGAAAGGCCGCCAAGAAGAAGAAGUGGUCCAAGGGAAAGGUCAAGGACAAGGCCCAACACGCUGUUACCCUUGACAAGGCCACCUACGACCGUAUCAUCAAGGAGGUCCCUACCUUCAAGUUCAUCUCUCAGAGCAUCCUCAUUGAGCGACUCAAGGUCAACGGGUCCCUUGCUCGCAUUGCUAUCAGACAUCUGGAGAAAGAGGGCCUUAUUAAACGCAUUGUCCAUCACAGCAGCCAGCUCAUCUACACCCGAGCGACUGGCGCGGAGUAGAGCUUUUGGUCUUUGUCGUUUUACUUCUCCAUCUUUUUUUUCCUCGCAUGCACCCAAAACCAGCAUAUGUAUUUGCUAUGGCAUAAAUCGCAUUGACGUGACUCACGCCGGAAUGUUUCGCUGUGUGAUAUCGCCCAAGCUACUAUCUGCCGUUCGCAUUCAGUUGUUCGAGCUCUUUGAAUGAACUUCAUGAUUUGUGCCUUGC